CAGUGCGCCAGCACUUAAUUAAGUUCUCUCUCACAGUUUUUGCUCUUGUAACACCACGCACCUCCCGCUCUUUAUUCUCGCAUUCACAUUAAAAAAUAAAAUAGAUAAAUAAACACUGAAUGUGGUACACACACAUAUUUACAUAUUGUGAUAUUUAGCAAUAUCUCAAUAUAUCUGAAUAUAUGGCAUUUCAUAGGUAUAUACAUGCACUACAUAUACAUGUUUACAUGGUAGUUUAUUAAUCAGAGUAUUGUCUUAAUCGGGUUAAUAGUGGAGUAUUGUUGUCCAUGUAAACGCACUGAUUGACUCCCUUCCAUACAGACAGCAAUACACCAUGACAUCAACACACGAUGACAUCACGACCCAUGACAUCAAAUUCUAAAUUACAAAUUUGUUUUGAUUCAAACCGGUCAGUGAUCAUUGUUGUCCACAAAACCUGAGAAGACGCACACAGCCCAACCAGGAGACCAAAUUGUUGUGGAAAUCAUCAAAGAAACACUCACAGACCUCUGACGUCCUCUGAAGAUCUUUUUAGCUGAUAUGGAAAACACUGAUGCAACUUUUGGCACCUUCAUCAACCCCAACUACUUCCCUGGAAAGUUGUGGCGUUUGGUGAACGAUCCCCAGAUUUGCUCAGUCUGGUGGGACGACAGCGGGGAAGGGAUACUUGUUCAUCAGGAAACAUUCGAAGCCGAAGUGCUAUUGUCCCAACCCACACAUUUGUCUGAGUACUUCAGGACAACUGACUUCAUAAGUUUCGUUCGCCAGCUGAACCUGUACGGCUUCAAAAAACAACGCACGAACAUCUCGGACAAGCAGUCGUACAACUCUUCGAUUAAAGCCCAACUGCACCAUUUUCAAAACCCGUACUUCAAACGGGAUAAGCCCGAGCUCCUGCUCGAUAUAAAGCGACGCACGCCUCUCAAUAAGGCCAAGCUCGCCAGCUUAAAGGUGACGGGCAGGACGCCCAGACGUUUCUAUCACGUGAUGCAGAAUUCAGCACAGGAAACCUCUGGCUUAAUGAGAACAGGUUCAGUCUUGCUUGAACAUCAGGGAACCCCUUACCACCAUCCCUGUAAUGUCCCUCAGCAGGAGCAGAGGAGCAACACACCUCAUCACUCACAGUAGGGGUUUUACACACCAGGUGAUGAUUUAAUACAUUUUGACCCCUUUAUAAUAGCUGUGAGCUCAGCCUGAAUUAGUAUAAGCAUUCGAUCUGCACGCUACUUUAGUAAAUACAGUAGUAUAGUGCAAUAGUGCAUUAUUCUGACGUGUAGUUUAAUUGUAUGCAAUUUAGGAUGAAGCCCAGUCCAUUGUUUCACAAUUUCAGUGUUGGUGUUUCUAUCUAUCUAUCUAUCUAUCUAUCUAUCUAUCUAUCUAUCUAUCUAUCUAUCUAUCUGUCUGUUUAUCUGUCUGUCUAUCUAUCUAUCUAUCAUCUGUCUAUCUAUCUGUCUAUCUAUCUGUCUGUCGUUCUGUCUGUCUGUCUGUCUAUCUGUUUAUCUGUCUGUCUGUCUAUCUAUCUAUCAUCUGUCUAUCUAUCUAUCUAUCUAUCUGUCUGUCUGUCUGUCUGUCUGUCUAU